AUUUUAUCACUGGUGAUUAAUGUGCCAUGUCGCUCCGCAUGCUCCAGAAAAAGGCCGGUGCGGCUCCAUCGGAGCCAUCAGCUGAAGCCAAAGCGACACUGCAGCCAGGCGGGCAUUCAAAGCAAGGCGGAGGCUAUUAUGCAUCCAAUGAUGGAGGUGGAAAGACAGGUGGUAGCUACUACGACAGCCAUGCCAGCAGUGGUCCAGGCCGUGGCGGCGGAUCUAGCUCUUCGAGUGCAGGCUACGUAGCUUCACCCGGCGUGCCGGGAGGCUUUCGCGGCAGCGACGCACAGAAGGCUCAUGUGGAGGCGAUGCGUCGUUCAACAGCAGAAAAUACCCCAGCCAGCAUGCCGACACACGACGUGGCCGUGCGGUCAAAUUUGGGGCUGAAUGCCUUGAGGGAAAGGAAAGCAAAGGAAGAAGAGGAGAAGCAUGCAAAACGAGAGGCGGCCCGUGCCAAGCGAAGAUCUGAGGCUACACAGCAGGACGUUGCCGAUGAGCAAACUUUGGCCGAGUGCGAAGCUCAAGCUUGGCAGGACAGUGAGAGCAAUGAACGUGUCAAGUAUGAAGCUGCACUCAUAGUUCGCAUCGCGCUGCGAUUCGGAAGCUCUUCAGUGUGGACCAAGUUAGCAGAAGCUCGUGCUCGAGGCGCGGAGCUGCCACUAGACCCGCGAAGGAUUUACUUGCUGGCACAUCCAGACAAGUGUCCACUACCAGAAGCGGCCGAUGCUACCGCAAUUCUGAAUGCGCAGCGUCCGCCGGAGAUGUUGGAGGCACGACCCCGCGUUGCGACCAAAGCUGCUGCAAAAGCAGUUCCAAAAGCAAGUGCAGAGGCGGCUCAUCCGCAAGAUGCCGGCACAGAUGAGCAUGAAGACCGAGAAGAAGUUCGCGUUGAUCCGGAGGAUGGACAGGAACUCACCUUUCAACAGUUACAAGAGAAGUACAAGCAGAUUUAUGUGGCUGAAGAUAUUCAGGAAUACUGGUCGUCGGAGUGUCAACCUUCAAAGCUGAAGUCUCCAGCGAAGUCUCCGGCGGCCGCACCUCCUGAAGCUGAGGAGCCUGCGAGCAUCUCCACACAGGCACAAAGAAAGACUCGCAGAUUCUGACAGCAGAAAAAGCCA